AUGUUUGCCGACCAGCACAGCUUACAUCUACUCUUUAUCGGAUCCCAUUCACAACCUGUCGCUGCGAUUAAUGGUGGAUAUCAUAUUGAACGUGACAAAGCCAUUCCAUAUCAUAUAAUAAACCAAAAACAGUACUUCAUCAUAGACGAAUCGCAAGCAUGCAGCACUUCUACCAUUGAAUCUUUCAUCCAUCUUGCAACUACUGCAAAUCACAGAGAUGAUAAGCAUAAAUCAUGCGAAAUCUCUGAUCGAAAGAACAUUCUAGUAUUCGGAAAUCGGCACGGAUGGGUCUAUAGUGACCAAGACAAAUCAUGGUGGACAUCAGCUGUGAAAACGGCUUUCACAACCUGUAUAUAUUUCAACACAGAAAAAACAGUAGAACCAUCGCGUCAUGCACAAUUGCUCAACUCUGCUUGGGAGUUGUUGCAAGAAGGAGUGCAUUCUUCCAAAACACCAAAACAGACACCAGCCGAAAUCUUAAUCACACCCUGGCCGUUCAUGCAAAAAAUCUGGAACAACGAAGCAGUAAAGACGUUCGCCACUUUGAUCAAAUGUCCAUUAUACAUAUCUCAUGCCAUCGACAACACAGGUUACGAUUGCAUCGACACCAACUCCAAAUCUUCAUUUGCAUCUAUGGUAUCAGGUCUUAGACCACCAUAUGCUGAAGUACCCAUAUGCGUAAAUAUGCCGGUCACCGUCAUUACUGGUAAAUGGAGAGGAUACUGGGGUCACGUAGUAGAUAUCUGUGCAGAACCUGACACAGAUACAGUUGAACAGAUUCGAAUCAAGCUUGGAACUGAGCUCGAUACUCUAAACCCGACAAUUGACCAAUUCAUAACGAUACACGCUAUCACAUCCCGUAUCCACCAACAACCAGAUAUUUGUGGUCGUCAUAAUCCCAUCGCUAUUGACAGAUAUCAGAUACCAGUGAUGCCGCGCUUCGCAUUACUCGAAGCUGAAGCAGCAGGACAAUUCUUCCAUCGUGGAUUCAUCGACAAUUGUCGAGGACUUGAACAUUUUAAUUCCUUAUCCUUUGUUCUUUCACGAUUUCCAUCUCCAGGGAGUAUUCGAACGACCGAACCCUAUUCCGAUGCAGACCUUGCAAUUCUGAUCGAUACGUUGAAGGAUAAAGAUGACGAUGAAAUGUGCGACGACUUAACACCACGUAUAACAAGUAUACAUUUAGUCUAA